AUGUUCACAUGGCUGUUAGAGCGCAAUUCAUUCCUUCUCAAGCUGCUUCGACUGGACGGUCGCGGGGAUUACAUUUUGCAAGAUACAUGUCGAGGUGGUAUAGAAUGCCUUUUUCCUCCUCUUUAUCGGUGCAAAGAUUGUUUUACUACAGAACUGUACUGUAAACACUGCACUGUAGAGAAGCACCAUGAAAUACCGUUACAUAGGAUUGAGUAUUGGAAUGAUGGCUACUUUUCGCAUGCAACACUCAAAUUCCUUGGACUGCGUAUACAGCUCAGUCACGCGUGCGGGGAGUGUUGCUACAACCCAUCACCAGCAUUCCACGACAAUUUUGUAGUGCUGGAUAUCAAUGGUGUGCACGAGGUUGCACUUGACUUCUGUGCAUGUCAACUUGCACAAUCUCAUGCUAUUCAACUACUGCGCACACGGUGGUACCCUUCUACAACCACUGCUCCCCAAAGCGCUGCUACUCCUCGACUUCUACACCACUUCCACAUACUUUCCUUCGAGUCCAAGGCGUCUGCGUUUGAAUACUGGCAACUGCUGGCUCAUCUCACAAAUAAUACGGGAGUGAGUCCUACAAAGGAUUGCUAUGAGGCAUUGCUGAGAAUGAUCAAGCAAUGUUGGAAAUUUGCCCUUUUCCUUGCAAUUGAUGCAAACUUUCGUUUGGCAAGGAAAAAUGUUUCUUUUGAUGUUGACCCUGGUCUGAGUCGGGGCUGGUCAUAUUUUGUCGAAGAUCGUGAAUUCAAGUCGUUUCUGAAUGACGCAGGAACACUGCCUCAAGAGAAAAGCACAUGCGCAAGUCACAGCGCUGUGAAUCUUGCAGAUACAAAAAAUGCACGUGGCUUGGCAGUGACAGGUGUGGGUACAGUAGAUUGCACUCGUCACAAUCUUAAACGACUGUGUGCGAUUGGUGACCUCCAGAAGGGUGAACGAUAUGUUAACAUGGACUACCUUCUCUUCUCGACGUUGCAACACACCCGCGACAUCAUAGUUCUCAAUAUAUCGUACAACAUUGCUUGUCAAUGGAGCAAGCAUAUCUGGAAAUGCAUGUCAAGCUAUCCCUCCGCUAUUCAUUUCGACCGCACUGACAAGAAUGUUGUAUUCCUCGUCCCGAAGUUUCACCUCCCUGCACAUAUCAAUGCUUGCCAGAUCAGAUUCUCGUAUAACUUAGUGAAGGGUGUCGGCCGAACAGAUGGUGAAGCUCCCGAGCGGGGUUGGGCUAACAUCAAUCCAGUGGCCACGAGCACAUGCGAGAUGGGGCCAGGAUCACGCCUUUUGCACAGGAUAAAGACCGCUAUCCCAGAAUAUUUUAACCAAAUGCUGUCGCACGAGCGACUAAAUGAAGUCAAUGCAUGGAAGUCGUUGAUUGAAAGAUGGGAAGAAGAUAGAUCACAGCCCAAUCCUUUUGAGAUAAUGAGCAAAUCAAUGUCACAAGCUGCUGUGCGCCUCAGUCUUUCACAGAAAGAAGCCAGCGAUUUAGAACGUGGUGUCAACGAUUCACUUCACUCGGAUAUCUCUCCAAGUAUAUUGAUUUCCUCUGGCAUGGACUACGAGGAUCAACAAUGUCAUCUUCGGCGUGACCAUCGCGCCCUCAGUGUUCAUGCAACCGACCUGCAGCUCGCGAAGUUCCAGGAACGUAGCAAUGCAUUGCAGCGCAAGAUUGCUCAAUGGUGUACGAUACAGCUACUGUACUUCCCCUCAGUAGCUCAUCUUCGAUCCUCCGACAUCGAGUCUAGUAUAGAUUCUACCCAGGAGGAGAAACCCACCGAUAUUAACCUGUGGUUGCCAUCACAGAUCAGUUUCUCCAAAUACGAGUGGGAUUUACGGCGUGCUCAGGCCUUUGAUGCCCUUGAAGAUCUCCGCCGGCACCUCCGCCUUCGAACACAUCUAUACAUCAAGAACGUUGAAAUCAACGUAUCCGUGGCUGCUGAGCGCUAUCACAGAGCCUGGAACGCAUUAAGUGCUCUUGCACCUUCCCUAGCCAGGGACGCGUGGACGCCAGAGCUGCCAAACGAGUUUGGAGAGUCGAGCGGGAACCACACCUUGUCGUGGAUAUGGAAAGUGCGAGGUGUAGCUACUGCAGGGAUGGAGGGUGAGGCAGUCCUCUCAGAAGCUUUGCGAGUCGAAUGGUGUAGAUCGAGGGCCUGUGCCAACCAGUGGGUCGAAGAAGUGGAACUCCUGCUUGAAGAGAUGCGGUGUGUCAGUGCUUUUCUUGCAUGGCAUGCUGCGUGGUGGGACGAGCAGGCCACAUGA